AUGAUUGUCAAGCUAGACAGCCAACGAACAUUGGAUUCCGACUUUGCGCAAGCUUUCAUCCGGGACAUCAUUCUCGAACAAAUUGAAAAGAAUUCAGAAUGGACGUUCAGCCUGGUUGUUUUGUCUUCAUUCGACAUCCCUCCUUGCCACAUCCUCGGCAACCUCGAACUCCCCUCCACAGUCUUAGGACCCAAUCUCAAAGCCUGUGAAUCCAUUGAAUCGCAGCUUCCCAUCAAACUUGCCAACCCUGAUCCACAAGAAAACUGGGACAGUUACAUGCUGCGGCUAAUCACAGACUUAGAUCGAGAGAACGAGCCUUCUACAAUCAUAUGCUUCCUUCCGACCGAAGAUGUCUUCGAAACCUUCCGAACCGCACUCAGUCGGCAGUGGGCUGUGUUCAACCUCGAAACACCCAAUGACGUGAUAAAACUCCAGGCAUGGUGCUAUGCGAAAGACAAUGAAAAUAGCCCGGAGACGACAUCGGCUCUCAUAUUUAGCCAACAGACACCGCAGCUCACAGCCUGUAGCGUGGCAUUGCCCAAUCUGAAACACGUCGUGCUUGCGGAGUCCUCUCGGAGGAUAGUGUACGACCCGGUCAUGGGCCAGCUUAUGGAACAAAUGGUCUCAAUGUCGAGGAAAGAACUCUACAAUCAAAUUGGCUACUCUAAAAAGUGCCAGAGAGCAUCGGAUGUCAUCAUACAUUGCGACUUUGACAUCACUGCAGCAUUGAAGACCAGGCCAUGGAACCCAGAGCCCGUGACGGAGCACGAGUCGGUUUACGAAUGGAUUUAUAAAUGCAUUUCCAGAUGGCCAGAUAAGCCACUUUGUCACUGGCCGGUCGCCCCCCCUUUCGGCAACUGUGAACUAUGGGAGGCUCUCUCAAGGCUCGAAUGGCUCAAAGUUAUCGAUGUGGGGCUGAACCUCGAUAGCUUCAGAGUGAAGAAAGGUUGGGCAGAACUUGUCCAUAACUUCCUCAAAGGUGGUCAGAUCAUACCUGAGGGAGUCUUCUUCAACGCAGCUCUCCUGCUAGCAGAUGUCUGCCAUUCUUUCAGAGAGGAAGAUAUUGAAGAGGAUGAAGCGAGAAUUCUCAUCCGUAUGGCGAUCAUUUCAUCUGUAGGAAUACACUGGCCCAGCCACAGUCACCUUGACCUGAUCGAAUUCAUGGAAAAAGGUGAGGUGUUUACUCUGAAAAACCACCAAAACCUUGGCAAGUUUUUUCAUGGCAUCACAAGGUUGAUGUAUGAUCAAGGAGCUUUGUGGCUGCUCCUGGGGUUCUGGGAAUUUUACCGAGUUCAUACCGACAACUUCACGCUGUCACUUCAUACCUUUGCCUCACAGAAUGAGGAUCACUUCCCUCUUCUGGACAAAACAUUUCAAGUGUAUUCAAGAACGGCCGACAAAAUUUGGAAACAAGUACGCCAGGUUGAAGAAUUCCUGGGUCUCGAGGCAGUGAAAGUAGAAGACAAGCUUCCACUGCUCAACCCCAAAAAGCUUCAUCACCUUGAGGUUAUGCUAGCCCGGAACUGGCUGACACAUCUCAUUUUUCAUCACAAGGUCCCCCAGACCGGAGAUUGGCAAAACAGUAGCGUUUUGAACAACCAUUCCGUCGCUUUCGACCCGAGCCAACUAGGGCCAGACCUCGAGAUGUUGCACAAGAACCACAAGCAUGACUCAAGUGGCUGCUACUUCAUCUACCGACACCUGAGAUGGGAACAAUCUAAAGGCAUUGCUGUUGCUGAGUACCCAACACGAAUAUCGUCCAAAGCUCUGUUCGAGGCAUUGGGAGAUAGAUCAUUACACGGCCUGCGAUUCAAGAUACCCGGUCAAAGAGGCUGA